AUGGAGAAACUUAUCUCGCCGCAGAGAAGAAUGAUACUGAAAGCUAUCUUGGUUCUCACAAUCUUUCAGUGCUGCUCGGCAUUCCUAAGAACACCCCUCGAUGUGAUGUCACGCAGAUUUCUGAAUCAGCGAACAUGCGGGCAUCAGGGCAAGCUCGUGAUGACAGCUGUAAGAACAGAAGAAAGUGUUGUAGAAGCAACGAGGAGAACUGUUGCCUCGACCAUCCGUGACGACCUGAAAGAUCUAGAUCAGCGACUGUAUGCUGCGCCUUUCGCCUACGGCUCGAAGGUUCCAACACAUGCUGAUUGCAUCAACCUGUUGGAUUUGGAGUUAGAGGACGGAGCAGGGCCCCACUCGAGGAGGCUGUGCGAUAUACUGGUGAGAGAUCAUUACGCAAUCAUCAAGCUGCCCAGGAGCAGCUCCUCGUCCCUCGAUCAGAUGUGGGAGACGGCGGACAAAUUCUUUGGGAUGGAUCAAAAGGAGAAAGCGCUGGCAGGCGGGAAAAUGAGCAAGGCAGCGAACAACGUGGGUGUCAUUGGAUGGGGGCAAAUGAGCGAUGGAAACGAAUUCUUGGAGAUGAGGCUAACUGCUAACGGUCAAAUCUUUCCGCCCUCACUGGAUGAUUUCAUCCCCGACUUCACCAGCUCGACGAGGAGGGCGAGGGAGCUGUUGAUGAGAGCUUCCAAGGCUGUCGUGGUUGCCGCAGAGAGGAAAGUGGGUCUUAGGAGAGGAGGCCUGUCGAACCUGCUGGACGAUGGCAGGAUGCAUGCAGAUGGCAGUUUGUCUUCAACUCAGCAUCGGUUCUGCUUCUACAAAUCCUCUUCUCAGGUGGCGUUUGAAGCACACACGGACACAACUUUCGUUACGGUGAUUCCAUGCUCCAAGAUCCCAGGGCUAGAAGUCUUGUCUCCAGAGGAGGGAUGGAUUCAGCCCGAGAGCAGUAGCGGUGUGGAUCAAACCUGUUCAGUGAUCGUAAUGCCGGGCGAAAUGCUGCAAGUUCUGACCGGAGGACAGUUUCAAGCUGCCAUACAUCGGGUGACCCGCAGCAGCAGCAGUGAGGGUGGAAGCUCAGCUCAAGACAGAGUCAGCGCACCGCUCCUGGAGCAGAUCGACAACAAAUCAAUCUUGCUCGAGGCAGAUACUCCGGGUACGAGGAGCGAGGAGGUCUACGGAGGAGGAGGAGAAUAUCUUCGACGAAAAUUGAAGAGCCUGACGGGAACGAGCCUCUUCGACUUGCACAGUGUUCUCGUACAACCUCCACAGUUUGCACCAUCGAACCGACAGGAGGAGCGGGGGAAUGCUUGA